AUGAAAGGUGUGAUGAGGUUUGGCAAAAAGGGUAAGCUUAGUCCUCGCUGUAUUGGUCCUUUUGAGAUCUUGGAACGAAUAGGCAUAGUGGCGUAUCACUUGGCACUACCACCUGAUUUGUCUAUGAUUCAUCCAGUAUUUCACGUGUCUAUGUUACGUAAAUAUCUUCAUGAUCCAGCUCAUGUACUUAGUCCCCAAUCAGUGGAGUUGAAAGAAGAUUUAUCAUUUGAAGAAAAACCUAUUGCUAUAAUUGAUCAACAAAUAAGGAAGUUACGUUCAAAAGAAGUAGCCUCUAUAAAAGUAGUCUUGAAGAACCAUUUGGGGAAAGAAGCAACCUGGGAACCUGAGAAUGUAAUGCGCGACAAAUAUCCGUAUUUGUUCGAAACUUAA